AUGAUAUACGACACGCUUAAUAUGGGUUUCUUUUUAUUUAAUGGAGUUACUCAUGAUUUAAAUAUUUUCUUGAAUAGUAUAUAUACACAUCUUCUACGCAGAACCCACAUCUACAAGCUGUGUUAUCCAACAUGGAUCAUUGGACUCGUUGAACCAAAUGCUUUGAAAAGCAAGUAG